AUGUCAGACGUUCAACUAAAAACCUCUGUAAGUAAGAUUCGCCAAGUUUUAGCUCCCGGCUUGGAUGAAUCUGCUAGUUAUGAAUACCAUUCGAAGACUAUUGAAGAAUCGAUUAAACAGAUCAUUCGUGCUUCUAUAUUGGUUGUUGAAUUGAAUGAUAAUGAGUCUUUAGAUACACUGGAUGCAUCAAUCAAAGAAUUACUGGACGCCAAAGAAAGACUAAGAUUAAUAAAAAAUGCCGUUGAUGAUUUGGAUACUAGCGUUAAGAGAAAUCUUGAUUUCUUGGAGGCAUCCAGCAUGUUAGAUGUAUAUACCCAAAAGUUUAAACAAUUACUUCAAAAUUAUGAAACUAAAUCUGACUUUGAAAAAUACGGGAACGAAGGUAAUUACAUCGAAUUCCGACAGACCAUUUGGCAUGAACAGAAUCUUGAUGGGAAAGCAUUCCCACCAAUGCGGUUCUUCUUUGAACCAAAUACGCAGCAAAUUGCUGAAGAUGAUGAUAUUGUCAUCUCUUCUUCAACCAUUGAAACCCGCUGUCCGUUGACUUUACAACCGAUAGCUCAUCCUGUUAUUUCCAAAAGGUGUAGUCACUACUAUGAGAAGGUUGCCAUAUACUCUUUAGUUGGAACAAGUGGAUGUCGAUGUCCAGUCGUUGGAUGUAAUUCUCAAUUGCGGAAAUCAGACCUGAAAGAAGAUCCAGUUCUUGAAAGGCGGUUACGUCGAGUUCAGGAAUUAGCCAGAGAGGACUAG